AUGGGCUCCCUUGAGACUUCAGGGGUCGAGUACCCUUUCAACAACAUCAUCGACGCCCUUCGGCACACGGCUGCUCACACUACUGAGGGCAUCGUGUCGUACUCGGCCACUACCCCUGGCGAGUCCCCUGUGGCCACUACCGUGUCGUACCGCGAGUUGCUUGAGACCGCCGAAGCCAAUGCGGCUCGUCUUCAACAGACCGGCGUGUCCAAGCAGGGCUCCAUCGUCCUGGUGCACUUUGACAAUGCACUCGAGUCCAUCGUCUGGUACUGGUCGGUUCUUUUGGCUGGCGGUGUCCCAGCCGUGACCAGCCCGGCUAUGUUCAGCCAGAACGAUGCGGAUCGCCAGAAGCAUCUCACCCACUUGUACAACACCUUCAACGGUCCUCUGUGCAUCACUCGGCAAGCUUUGCUGGAGCCGUUCGAGGAGCACUCCGGCGAGAACCGCAUCAGUACCAUUGCCGUUGAGGACUUUGAGCUUGAUGCCCCCGCGUCUAAGUCCGCUUCGUCUGCUGUUCGCCGGGCCUUCAAGCCGUCUACCUCGGACAUCGUCGCCCUCAUGUUGACGUCGGGCAGCAGCGGCAACGCCAAGGCUGUCCCUCUGACGCACGAACAGCUCUUUGCGGCCUUCCGCGGCAAGUCGGAAGCCGCCAACCUCCCAUUCCCCGGCAGCCCGUUCCUGUCGUGGGUCAACAUGGACCACGUCGCGAACUUGGUGCAUUGCCACCUUUUCGCCAUCGUCUCGGGUAUCUCGCAGAUCCAGGUCCCCGCAGCUAACGUGCUCGUCGACCCGGCGCACCUGCUCAACCUCAUCAGCCGCCAUCGUGUCUCGCGCACCUUUGCCCCCAACUUCCUGUUGGCCAAGCUGCGCCGUCAGCUCGAAGCCGGCAAGACCGACACCCUCGAUGCGGACCUGAACCUCGAGACCCUGUUCCUUGACACUGGAGGCGAGGCCAACGUCAUUGAGGUUUGCGUUGCCCUGCAGCCUCUUCUGGCCAAGUAUGGUGCCCAGCCCGAUGUCUUCAAGCCGUCCUUUGGCAUGACCGAGACCUGCGCUGGGUGCAUCUACAAUGUGCAGUGCCCUAGCCGGGACCACGCGGCCAAGAGCGAGUUUGCCUCCCUCGGCCAGUGCAUGCCGGGUAUUGAGAUGCGUGUCAGCCGUCUUGAUGGCAAUGGUCUGGCGGUCACGGGUGAGCGCGGUAGCCUUGAGCUUCGCGGUGAGGUCAUCUUCAAGGGGUACCACAACAACCCCCAGGCCACGGCCGAUGCCUUCACGCCCGAUGGAUGGUUCCGCACCGGCGAUCUGGCCUACCUCGACGCCGACCGCUGCCUACACCUCGACGGCCGUACCAAGGAAAUGGUCAACAUCAACGGCGUCAAGUACCUGCCCCACGAGCUGGAUGCGUCUCUCGAGCAGGCUGAGAUCCCGGGCGCCACGCCCAGUUACUUCUGCUGCUUCGGCACACGCGAUGCCGGCAUGGACACAGAGGCUGUGGCCGUGCUCUACCUGCCUUCGUUUGACCUAAAGGAUGAUGCCGCGCGCUUCGAGACCCAGCGCAAUAUUGCCCGCGUCGUGAGCCUGCACACCCGCUCGCGGCCCCGCGUUGUGCCCCUGCGCGUGCAGGACAUGCCAAAGUCGACCCUCGGCAAGCUGUCGCGGGCGAAGCUCCAGGCUGCGCUCGAGAAGGGCGUGUUUGCGGACCAGGUGUCGACCAACGAGGCCGCCAUCAAGCGGUACCGCCUGGCCACGCGCUCUGAGCCCGAGACUGACGACGAGGUGGCCAUUCUCGACAUCGUCCGCCAGCAGCUCGAGCUGACGGCCGAAGACGACUUCGGCGUCAACGACUCGGUGCUUGCUACAGGCGCCACCUCCAUGGACCUCGUGGCUAUCAUGCACCGCAUGAACAAGCAGCUGCCCGCCCUCAACGCCCAUCCCAUCAAGCUCACCGACCUGCUCAACAACCCCACCAUCCGCGGCCUUGCUGUUCGCAUCGCCAAGAUCACUGGCGCCCAGGUCGAAUCAGAGGCCGACAAGAAGCCGCACGAGUAUGACCCCGUCGUGACUCUCCAGCCCAACGGCUCCAAGACCCCACUCUGGCUGGUCCACCCUGGCGUCGGUGAAGUGCUGGUCUUCGUCAACCUUGCCCACCGCAUCCGCGACCGUCCCGUGUAUGCCUUCCGCGCAAAGGGCUUCAACGCGGCCGAGGGCGAAACUCCCUUCUCUUCGCUCGACGAGGUCUUCCAGACCUACCGCGCGGCCAUCAAGAAGCGUCAGCCCCAGGGCCCCUACGCCAUUGCCGGCUACUCCUUCGGCGGCAUGGUCGCCUUCGAAAUCGGCAAGCUUCUCGAAGCCGAAGGUGAUGAAGUUGCCUACUGCGGCAGCUGGAACCUCCCGCCCCACAUCAAGUUCCGCAUGCGCGAGCUGCUCUGGGAUGAGUGCGUCAUCCAUCUCUUCUACUUCGUCGGGCUCAUGGACGAGGCCACUGCCUACACCCACAAGACCCAGCUGUGCGAGUUCAACCGCCAGGGCCGCCGUCUCGAUGCCAUUCGCUACCUGCGCCAGCACUCCGACGCUGCCCGCUGGGAUGAGCUUGGCCUCAGCGAGGAGUACUACCUGCUCUGGGUUGGCCUGGCCAGCAACAUGCAGGGGCUCGCCGUCGACUACGAGCCCGAGGGCAAGGUCAAUGCUAUGGACAUCUUCGUCGCCGACCCGCUCAGCCACGUCGCCAAGAACCGCCAGGACUGGAUCGAGACCCGCCUGUCAGCCUGGAAGGACUUUGUCCGCACCGAGGUGCGCUUCCACAACGUCCAGGGAGCCCACUACACCAUGCUGAACCCGGAGUACGUCGCCAACUUUGCCGAGACGCUGCGCCGUGUUCUGCGCGAGCGGGGCUUGUAG